AUGGGCCUCAGCUUUUACGUCAUCGUCAUCAUCGCGCAGUUUGUCGAAGCCGGCAUUGUCGCCGAAUACGUCUACUACACGUUCUGGAACUUCAACCUCCAAGCCAUCUACUUUGGCUGGGCGAUCGUCACGUCGCUCGUCAGGUCGAACGAUAGCUGCGCCCGCAACACGCUCUUUGAUGUCGUUUUCGUCAACAGUUUUCUCAUUGCUACAGUCUUUUGGGGUGCCCUCUACUCGCAUAUUUACAAGGUCACGUGGCUGCACAUAUCCCAGCACGGCAUCAACUCGGCGCUGCUUUUGCUUGAAUUUGGGCUCAACGAUUUGCGUGUGCAGUUGCGCAGCAUGGUCUAUGCGUCGUUUCUGCUGCCCGAUAUUUUUGGUGCGUUUGCGUGGGUCGUCCACGAAUACUGGGUCGACGACUGGGUCUACCCAUUUUUGGACGUCACCAAGGACUUCGCACUGCUCUGGUACAUGGGGAUGCUCCUCGGCCACUGUGCCUUCUUUGGCCUUGCGAUGGGCCUCUCCAAGCUCAAGGCGCAUUGGCACCAGAGCAGUACGCCGCCAUUGACCUCGCCGUGGCUGGAUGUACCUUUGAAUCCGAAUGACGAGAAGGACCAACCACUCCGCCUUGUUUAACCCGCUAACUUAUACGAGUA